CGACUCAGUGGAUUAUAAUAAUUGAAAAGCAUUGGUAGCUGGGGAAGAUUACUUUGUGUUGGGUUGGGAGCUGGUAUUUCCAGGACAGAAUGUAGGGAACCCUUUGUUAUCUUUUGAAAUCAGAAGAUCAGAGGGGGGAAUGGGGGUUGAAGGUACGGAUUAGUGGUCCUGAAAACUUUGCUCACCAACUCGGCUCAGAUUCUUAUAUAUAAACCUCUGAGUACAGAGAACUUUUUAAGUCAUGAAGAGUUGCCUUGGAACCUCCAUGGGAACCUGAGUUUGCUGAUUCCUGUCUGGACGGUAGAUCUUCACUUAAGACCCACUGGGGAAUAGUGUCUCUCCAGAUAACAUUCCCUCCUGGUGGCAUCAGUCCCUUUGGUGACUCCUUUUUUUUCAGCAAAUGAUGGAGAACACUAAGUGUAAUAGUGCCCUGAGAAGAAUACCGUGCCGCCUGACUGCCACCUCCAUGAGCGUGCCCCAUCGUGCCAGGCUGGCUUUGGGAGAACCCUUCCAUUUCUCUUUCCACCUGGACAGUGCCUACUGGGACCAGGCCUACUACAGGGGCUGCUCAGGAAGAUUCGCCUGCUUUCCCCUGCCAGGACAGCUGGGAGUCCUGGAUUGUGCCUUCGAACCAGCCUUCAUCCAGAAGCGGAACGAGCGGGAGAGGCAAAGGGUGCGCUGUGUGAACGAGGGGUAUGCCCGCCUCCGGGACCACCUCCCCCGGGAGCUGGCAGAGAAGCGCCUCAGCAAGGUGGAGACCCUCCGAGCGGCCAUUGGCUACAUCAAACAUCUCCAGGAUCUGCUCGAUUGCCAUUCUCUGGGAACUGGCAACAAGGCCAAAGAGAGCCCAGCCAUGGCCAAUGCCGACCCAAGUCCAGAGUGCAACAGUGAUGGAGAAUCCAAGGCCUCCUCAGCCUCCUCUCCCUACAGCGAGGGUGAGGAGGUGUGCAGCUAAAAAGAGUCAUCCUGAGGGAAGGGCUUCAUUUUCCGGACUGGUUUAAAUAAUUCCCUAAAACUCAGCCAGGGAGUUUCCAUUUUGGUGUCUCUCCUUCAAAUCAAGACACUGGUGAGGAAAAAAGAAAUGACUGUUUUAGUGAAGGGGGGGAGAGAUUGUUGUUCUUUUGCUCUAAGGGGUUUCCUCCCUUAAACUUUUUAGGGGGGGACUUUAAAGAAAUGUUUUUCCUUGUACAUAAUUCUCUGAAAAGCAUGGGGGUAAGGAAGCAGGGACAUUUCUGUGAACAUCCCAAGAUGAGAGGGGAUGGAAGAAAAGAACUGGAAAAUGGGGUAGGAAAGGGAAAAGCCGGGCUGUCCACAGAAUCUCAGAAUCCAGCUCUAAUUCUAGAUACUUUAAAGAAAUAACACCUGGAAUUUCCAUCUGUAAGAGAUGAUCAUAAAUUAUAGAGAGAGAGAUGGAUAGGUCAAUGGACGAACAAUGGAACUAGGAGAUCCUUAAAAGGAUUUAUCCGGCCUGACCUCUUCUCUGUGUGAAUUAGGUUAGAACUCUUAACAGACUCAUGGUUUUUGGUGACUGUGACCUCAAGCUGACAGCCCAGAGCUAAUUUGCUCGAGCCAGCACUGGAUAAAUACUCUUGAUCAGCUGGGUUGGGAAGCGUCUACAAGGUGCCUGUCAGUGUGAAAUGCCGGCCCUUGGGAAUUUUGCAGCAUGGA